UUACUAUUUGCAUUUUCCUCACUAGCCAUAUUUUUUUAUUUUCAUAACUAAACUUUUAACUCCACUUGUGUUCCUUUCUUUGUACAAGAAUUAUGCAGUUAAGAACUAUCACCCAACUCUUAGUUGGUCUUGGAAUUGUCAUCUUACUAUUCAAACUUGAAUCAACAUGGGCUUACAUGCCAAGAGUUCCGGCAAGCAUUGCUUCCACAGUUGGAAAGCAAUUUCUAAAUCCUGGAGAUCGCAUCGUUGGUGGCCGUUUCGCCGUUCAUGGAGAAUUUCCGUACCAAGCGUCCAUCCAACGACUUUCCAUUCUGGGGACGAAGGUGCAUUAUUGCGGAGGUGCUUUGGUGGGCCAAUGCAUUGUUACUGCUGCACACUGCCUCGAAGGGCGUAAAGAACGAGAUCUUUUGGUCCGGUUGGGAUCAGUGUCCUUGUGGGGAGACCAACUCUCACAGGAAUAUUACGUCGACAAAUUGAUAAUUCAUCCAACCUACGACGCAAAAACCAUUGUGAAUGACAUUGGAAUUUUAAAGCUGAAUCGAAAAGUUGAGUUUGGGAUCGGAAUAAAGGAAGUGCCUCUGCCAAUCUUUAAGUCAGAAAUAGAGCCGGACACGCAAUGCAUCCUAAGUGGGUGGGGAUCGCAGAAAGAGGGUGGAUCCGUGUCGAAAGGUCUCAUGUGUGCUACAGUACCCACAAUGACGGAUGAUAAGUGUAGAGAGUUUUAUGGGAAAAGUGAGAUUUUUGAUACAAUGUUAUGCGCCGGAUAUUCAGAGGGUGGGGUCGACUCGUGCCAGGGAGACAGUGGCGGAGGAUUAGUUUGUGAUGGUCAACUCAGGGGGAUUGUUAGUUGGGGAGUAGGCUGCGCACGACCUCAAUUUCCUGGAGUGUACACAGAAGUCUCAUACUACACAAAAUGGAUUGAAUCUUUAGACUGUUUCAAACCCAAAAAUUUUACAGAACCCACAGUGCCUGGGAAAUUUUUUACUUUUAAUUUUCCGUUUUGGAAAAACAAUAAUUAAAUGUACAGCUUAUACAAACGAACGAACUAUCUAUCCAGUCUAUUCAUUCCGAUUCAAAAUUCCGCGUUUUUGGCCAUAAAGGUAACCUUGUUAAUGAUCUCACCUCUUCUUUUUCCAAAACGAGCUACAAACCUUUAUCUUUAAUCUACAAACUCAAAUUGUCCUCCAUACGAUCUGUUAAUUCUACCUAAAACUUUAAUCUUUAUUAGCAUUCCGUUUACUUUUCUAACAGAAGUAAAGCUUUAGCUCUAGCAAUUUUUGCAAAAAGUGUGAAUAUCCCUCAUGAAAUUAUUGAGCUAGUAGAUAUUAUCAUUAUGAAAAUAUGACGAUUGAAAAAUAGCUGCGGGACAAUAAAAAUUGGGAAAUACACUCUGCCA